GCGUCGUACAAUUGAAUAUGUUGCGAAUCUACUCAUGAAACAACGUGUACUUGUAUUCGGGAUCACAUUUAACAUCGCUGUUUGAGCGGACAAAACUACUAUUUAUACGUACUGGACUUGUCGAGCACUCGGAUGAUACCCAUCAGUUUACAGCAUGGUGCAGUGUUUUGGAAAACUUACACUGUUCAUAUAGCCUUGAGUUUUGUAAAAUAUUAAACUAGUUGGUGAUAUUGAGACAUUGGACAGACCACGGGAGGACUUCCUAACAUACAGACACUUCACAUCACCCUCACUGGAUAUUUACACGGCUACUCAAAUCUUCAACCAACCAUCUGAAGAUAAGCGAUCGGGACUUGAGAGUAAAUUUUCCUCAGUUGUUGUGACUUACUGUGUAUUUGCUUAUUUACAAUGGAGGUCCCUACAGAGCAGCACGCUGCCUCUUGGUUGCGAGGGCCCGAGGCCCCCCGGAACUACCCCGAGAACACCUCAGGGUUGCUGCCAUCAGAGGAUAUCGGGGACAUGUUUACCCCCCAUUUUUUGGACUCUAACGGGGGCCACAUGAACCCAGCAGGAUAUUAUCCCAACCCCCGGGCUAUGGGAUACAGACCUUCUCAUGUUACAGGUGGGAGUCAGGUCUGUCGUCCACACUUCCACAACCCCCUACACAGCUGGCUGACUGACAGUAAGUCCAUGGUGCCCCACGCAGCCCAUCAGUGGAUGAGCCCCUUUACUGGCAAGUCACUGUCACACCCCAACCCGGCCGCGCCCCUCUCGGUACAUCCGGCUACCUCAAAUGCAUCCAGCUCCUUCAACUUCCCGCCAACUCCACCCAAGGACGGUACCCCGGAAAACGUGGCCACCUCGACAGAAUACACCCCGGAAAACAAACCACCACACAACAAGCACGGUGAACCCCAGGAAAAUGUUUCCUCUUUCUUUGGCAGUCAUGGGGGAGGUCACACCGCACACCAUCCCGUCCCCACGUACCCAUCCUUUGGGGGCUCGGAGUACCCCAGCGGCCCCCUCGGGUUCCACGCCGCCAGUGUUUUUAAAGCCACAUCCGCUCUAUCCCGACCCCGCACAAAGACAAGGUCAAGUGCAGUAUUUGUUUCAGAAGGAAGAGAGUGCGUAAACUGUGGGGCAACAUCCACACCUCUGUGGCGGAGGGACGGGACAGGACAUUACCUGUGCAACGCAUGCGGUCUCUACCAUAAAAUGAACGGACAAAACCGACCCCUCAUCAAACCUAAGCGACGCCUGUCAGCAGCCAGAAGAGCGGGAACAAGUUGCGCCAACUGUGGAACGUCAACAACGACGUUAUGGCGGCGUAACGCUAACGGUGAUCCCGUGUGUAACGCUUGUGGCCUCUACUACAAACUCCACAACGUUAACCGACCGCUCACUAUGAAGAAAGACGGCAUUCAGACGAGGAACAGGAAAAUGUCAACUAAGAGUAAGAAGAAGGGAAAGGGCAUGCAGAUGUCCGACUUCUUGAAACCGCUCGACAAAACCUUCGGCGGAUUCCACCCCAACAUGAACGCCAUGCACGCCCCGAUGCCAACUUACAUGGGCGGUGGCUCGUCUCUGGGCGGGUCUUACAUCUCACCGGGCGCGUCUCACAUGCAGGGAUCAGGCGGUCUUGGCCACGGAGGCCUUGGAGGAGGAUUCAAUAACUUUUCAUCAUCCAUACCAUCAAGUUUUGCAUCGUCAUUUUCAAGUAUUCCAAGCAUUUCAUCGUCAGGUUUUUCAUCUGGACUGAACUUAUCUACGACGACAAAUAUGGUUGGGGCGAUGGCGUGAAGGUGAUCGGUCAAAGUUAACCUGCCGAAAACUGCACGUGAACAAUAACGCGCGAACUCCGGCCACCACAGGCCGGGGUCAAUAAUGGCGUACUCGGGAUGGAUGGCGCUCCGGCCUCCAGAGGCCUACGCUGGAGCGUUAGGGUCUAGUGGGAGAGUGUGUUCGUUAGUAAGUCGUGAACCGGUGCGUUUUUUCUUUUGCUUGAAACACUCUACCUAAUUCCCUUGGACAGAACACGGUCUGUCAUAUGAUACCCUCGCUCACGAGAGGUAACGAGUAAAAAUAUACGAGAGCUGUUUCAUCUAAUCCCGAGAAAUGACAACAUAGGUGUUUCGAAUGCGUGCUAACGUCUCAUCUACCCUGGAAGGAUCUCAGUCACGAACCACCACUGCAUAGAAAUAUUGUUAUUGCCACGGAUUAUGACAAUGCUGGACUCUAUCCGUGUCUCCGAUUUCACCAGCGCUCACCCUGACGUGAUUUCUUUGAACAGUAAAUCUAGGUAGUGAUAUGUGUUGUCGUUGUGAAGGUGACAUGGAGGAACUCUCUCGGGUAAAUCGACCCAGUGGUGCCCCAUAACCGCACAGAGGGGUCAGCUCGCGUCCCGACCUCAGCAUUUCACGUUACACAGGCUACGGCGGACUGCUGUAGGUCCCGAUCACUCCAACGUUUCAAAAAACCCAUUUUGAAUUGUGUUGUUAUGGAGAGAUGGAAAAGGACUGUUAUUGGCCCCGGUACAUUGUCAACUAAAUGGUGCUUGUCCUAUGAACAAAGUGUGUGGAUUGGUUGAAUGACUGUUGCCUAAUAAGGGUUUACUUAUAGUAAGACUAGAUCACGCGACGUUUGGUCUGCUAACAAUUUACACUAAUAGACUGCGUUCAGCUAAAGUGCAGAAUUGUGUUUUUGCUCAAAUGAUGAGAAUUUUUCAAUUAACAAUAUAUAUAAGUAAAAUGACCAUUGUUUUCAUUGCAUUUUGAGAUUUCAUGUCACUUGUAAAUAUUCUAUUUAUUAUCGUUGGUUGAGAGAGUGGUGUGCUUAGGUACUGAGUAAGACAGUGAUCAAUAUAACAAUUAUAAUUAUACUUGAGCUCGAUUUCUAGUCCCACAACUCUGAGCUGGUUACGGUUAAAUAGGAUUUAAUGUGUUGUAAGGAUCAGGCAUAUCCCGAGUGCUAGACUAGAUAUGGAGUGCGGUCAUCGCGAUGAUGCACUUUCAAGAUUGAAGUGACGUCAUCGUAAUUAUGACUCGCUCCCGUUUGUUAUUGGUGGAAGUGUCACAGAAAUUUUGUAUGCGUGCCUUUUGAUAACAUUGUACAUUAAGCAAUUAAAGAGAGUAAAACAGGAGGGCAAAUUCGUCCUUCAAAUAUUAUACUUCUGUAGGCGUAUUUAUCAAUGAACGGAUCUACUUGAAAUCCAGUGUACAGUGGUAGAUUAGUUUGUUGUCAGUCAGGGUACAUUCCACGUCCUAGGCGGACAGCAAUGGCGAGCUACUACGCAGCCUUCGUAUGGGGAAUGUUGUAUGUCUAGCAUGGUCAAAAUCGUACAUCAACUACAUCAAAUUGUAUAUGUUCUAAUCGAAAAUAAAACUAUGUGCAAUAUUUUUAAUCUAUAACAAAAAUCAAAUGCAAAGCCCAUCCAAUAAAUUAUAUUGCUGUAUUAUUUAUUUCCAUAAGAUUUGGUUUUAUAAUUGAAAAUCGACAACAUGUCAUUUUAUUUUGUUCUGCCAUUUCAGUUUUGAAACAGCGUAUGAUUUGACCAUGUUGUACAUGUUUUCACUAUUGUGAACAUACAGAAAUUAUUGUUAGAUAUUUUGCUGUUUUAUGCCGUGUAUAAUUAAAUGAAUGAUAAUGUAUAAUUGAUAAAAAUCAGAAUUUUCCAUUAUGACAAAUAAAAAACAAAUAAAC